AUGGCUAAUAACCAGGUGGCUGUAAACUGGACCCAGGCUGAGGCUGAUGAAUUUGUUAAACUAAUGAUUGACAACAUUAAAAAGGGAAAUAAGACUAAUUCUACUUUUAUUAAAAGCAGUUGGACUGAUAUUAAGGAGCGAUUAGAGUUAGUUGUGAGUCAAACAUUUACUAGAGAACGACUCCAGAACAAGAUGAACAAAAUGCAUACGGACUACAGAAAUUUCAAGAAAUUACUGGAAACUACGGGUUUUGGAUGGAAUCCAAUCACCAAGACAGCGACAACAGAUGAUAAAGUAUGGGAAAAUGCUUUACAGGAAAAUCCAGAGUGGGUGAAGUUUAAGAGGAAUGGGUUACCACAUUGGCCUGAGCUACAGAUGAUAUUUGGAGAUUCCUAUGCAUGUGGAGAUAGGGAAACUAAUCGGGAUGAGAAAGAUUUUGGUGAGACACAGAUGAACCAAGAUCCACAAACACCUCUUAAAACGAAUCUAGAUGACAUAGAAGAGGAUUUGGAGGUGACUAAACCUUCAAAGCGUAGGCUUGACAGAACUCCUACUAGACUUAGGAAAAAAAGUUCAACCACAGAUGUGAAUCGUGUAAUGACGAAUCUCGAUAAAUUUUGUAGUUGGAGAAUGGAGCUAGGUGUCAAUCCAGAAAUCACAUCUGCAAGAUGA